GGGGAAGUGCAGGGCAGUAGUCAUCACGCAGCUCGGGUGGCGGGGGCGGGGGCAGGUGUAGGUGGUUUGGCAGAGCGCGGCAAGGGAAUGAUCAGCGCCUGAAGAGAGGAGGGGAGGUGUUGGAAGUGCCCCAGAGGGUGGUGGUGAAGCAAGCAGGGUUAGUGUAGGAAGACAAGGGUUGUGAAGGUUGGUGGGAGAGCAGAUGGACGGGUUUGGACGAGCAGGUGCGGAGGGAGUGGUGGACGUUUAGGUUGGUAAAGGGGGUAUUGUGUGAAAGGGGUGUGAGAGAACAGGGGUGAGACGGGAAAUAUGGCGAGGGACGGGGCGGGGGUAUUGGAGAUGGAGGUGGAGGCAGGAGAGAUAAUAAUGGAGACGAGUGAUAUGGAAAUGCUGGGGUUGAGCGGAGAUGGAAGGAUGUCGGAGACGGGAUCGGCGGGAGGGUAUGUGGGGAGCAAUGGGAGGAAAGCGGUGGAAGACACUGCGUGCAGCAAGGUAGGGGAGGGAGGAGGGCCCAAUGUGCAGAUCAGUCAGCACGGCGGGCUUUCAAGGGUUGGGGAGAGUGGUAUACCACAGGAUGUGCUUCUUGCUGCUGAAGCUGCCGAGGUCUUCAGUAACUUGCCCGUUCACGGAAAUGGCAAUGGUGUUGCGAAAGAAUGUGGUGGAGAUGAGAAUGAGAGUGAAGACGAGGAGGAAGACGACGAGAAUGCAGAGGGAAUGGUAGAAGAAGAUAGUGAUCCGCUUGUGGAGAGUGACGAGUCUUCGGACGCAUCUAGUGACGAAGACGACGACGUAAAUGUCGUCGAUUUGCAGCAGAGUCAUAUAGAGGGCGCUGAGGAGUUGGAGAAGAUGGUUCAGCGAGUAAAGGAUGUAGAUAGCGACGAGGAAGAUGCUGCCACUGAGCCUCCCCGCACUGCGAAUGAAGUCACGGACUUGCCUCCUGUGCCGGAAAUUGAAGCUGUCUUGGAGCCCAAUCAAGUUCCGUGUGAAGUUGGUGUUAUCUCCUCUAUCAUGGACAAGCAAGUCAUUGUGGAAGCUGUUGAACACGAAAUGGUAUUGAACGAAGGCUCAAUAUUGUGGCUAACUGAACACCGGAAACCCUUAGGAAUAGUGGAUGAGGUAUUUGGACCCGUUAAGAAACCCUACUACGUCAUCCGAUACAACAAGGCAGCUGAUGUGCCAGACAAAGCUUCAAAAGGCGCCACUGUAGGAUUUGUACAAGAGUUUGCGAGUUUUGUUCUGAAGGAUGACGCAGAGUUGAGGAAGAAAGGGUACGACGCUUCCGGGCAGCAUGACGAGGAAAUAUCAGACGAAGAGGAAUUUUCUGAUGAUGAGAAAGAGGAGGAAGCGAAAAGGUUGAGGAAACAAGCUGCUAAGCAGGGGCAUCAAGUCGGGGUAGGUGGCGAUGCUGGAAGGGGUGGGGGCCGAGGUGGGGGUGGCCGGCACAAAGGUGGAGGUGGACGGAAUGGCAGGGGGGGUAGAGGAUCAGGAAGAGGUAGAUUUUCAAGAAGUGACUCCGCUAAUAUGCUUGAAGUUGAUGACGCAACCAAGGCACGUGCAGCUGGAAGGGGGCAUCAGAGGAGCAACUCUCUUGGGUCUCCUGUGUUUUCUCGAGACUUUUUGAGAGAUAAAGGACCUAGUGGUGAACAUCAUAGAGGGCAGUUUCAUCCUUCUCCUGAUAGGCAGAACUCGUGGAAUAGAUCUCCUCGUUCUGACAUGAAUUACUCCCAGGUUCCUGACCCAAGGUCUCCGAUGGUUAACUACAAUGAACGCCAGUCUCUUCUCUAUCAGUCUCCACAUCACGAAUUUGUUUCUGGUGUGAGACCUAUCCAGCAGCAGCCUCCACAUCUUUCCCCUCAAAGAUCUGGUGGUCCUCCACACUGGGGACCAUCGAGUGGUGUCCUUCACGGGGAGGUUCCCCAAGUUCACCAAGUUCAGUCUGCUCCAUUUCUAGGCUCCAAUGUGCGAUGGCCUCAUCAAGUAACAGGUGAUUUCCAAAAUACAGAUGUAAUGUAUCAAGGGAGGGUUAAUUUGGUACCCAUAGGUUCUUAUCCUCUUCCUCAACACAUGGGUAUGUAUGUUCCUCCACCUCAGCCUGUUGGGACUGGAGUGUUCAUCCCGCCAGCACAGUAUGCUAGAAAUUCUCAAGGUAACCAAAUGCAGCAAACACAAGGACAACGACAAAUGCAACAGCCCCAAGGACAAGGGCAAGUGCAAGGCCCCGUGCAUCCAGUUAUUGACGGUAGGGGACCUGUUGGCCAAUGGCCCGUGAAUGGUCCUAGUAUAGUCACUGGAAUCCCUUGCUACAGUAACCCUGCACAACCUGUUUAUCUUCAGCCUGGAGCUAUUCGUCCGGGCAUGAUUGGUCCAGGUCCAAAUAGUAAUGUCUAUUGGACCAACAAUCCUGGCAGAUAGCAACUUAAAUCCACCAAUUGUUUGUUGUUGUUGUUGUUUUUUCUUUUAUUUUUCUUUUUUUUAUUUUUUUUUAUUUUUUUUUCAUUUUAGCACUUAGUAAUGAGAGGAGCACAUUGUGUGCGGAAAUUCCAUGAUCAUCUGUUGUUGUUUUGUCUUUUUUUCUUCCUGUGUUUGAGCUUCUUUUCAUGUAAAUGCUUUACUCUCUCUUUUAUGUUGUGGAACCUCUUGUAUGUGGGUUCAGAGUUGUGUUUUCCAGAUUUGAUUAUCGAGGGGUUAGUUCUGGCAAGCAUUGCUUACCACUAUUGUGAAACACCUCAACUUGGACAUAUUUCAACUUGUGAGAGUGUAUUCAUUUUCUGUGCUGAA